AUGUCCGACGCCACUCAGCAGCGGAAAGCCGGGUGGCUGGACAGCGACAAGGACUUCCAUCACUUCGUGAGCCGCAUGGUUCAGGGUGCGGUGCUUCGGGAGUACUCGGACGAGCAGCUGUGGGCCGUCAUCGAAAACCGAACAGCCCGACAGCGACUCGCAUUGCUCCAGAAGUGCCGAGGCAAAGAAGGGCGCUUGGACGUCACCUGCUUCUGCAGAGAGGCCUGCGGCCAGGAGUACGCGAAACUGGCGGCCUGCGUCCGAAGCAGCAAAACUGCUGACGCUGGGCCGGAGCUAUGCAAGGACGAGGUGGCCGCCCUGACAGGCUGCGUUCGUGCGGAGUGGAAGGCAUUUCUCAUGGCGGCCUCCCCAAGCCUCAAGCCAGAGGCGUUAGAACGGAUUGAGAAGGUUGUGC